AUGGCAUCCGAAAAACGUUUACGACGACUAUCCCAGACAAGAGCCCGGCCUCCAGCAGGCACAAAACGGUCCUCGAGCUUGCGAAGGGUAUACAACCGCUUCUUUCACCCCGAUUCGCCGCUCUCAGAGGGUUCCGACGACGGGUCUCCGGUCGUACCAGACUCCACGCAACCUCCACUGUCAGAGAUUGAAAUCCUUCAGGGUGAACUGCAGCAAUGUCGCCAGAAUCUCGAGGAGGCCAGGGAGAUGGUCAUGUCUCAGGACCACGAGCUGUCAAACUUGGAGAAAAACACCCAAAAGAUGGAGAGACGUUACAAGGAGAAAGAGUCUGCUCUACGACGACUGAAAGCUUCGCUGGAGGAGACUAUGGUGGCCGUCGUCGUGCAGCAAAUCAGAGAUGCUCAGAAAGCCGAACGAGAUCUCGUCAAGGAAGAGUGCAACCGUGAACAUCAGGCAGCUUUGGACAGUGUACACCACAAAUACAGGUCAAGAGUCGCCAUUUUGUCACAGGAGCUCUUGGACUCUCGCGCAGCGAAUGAGCGGAUGAAGGUCACCUACGAAAACGAGGUCUCCGCCCUGCGUGCUGAACUCGCCUCUCUGAACACCGAUCUCGAAGCCGCAAAGACUGCUAUUGUCGAGACUACCGAAUCACUCAAAAGCGUCCAACUGGCCUCAACGACGGCACUAGAAGAGACCGAGAAGGCCAACGCAACACUGAGAGCCGAGCUCGAAUCCCAAAUCGCUUCUCUCACUGAUGAAUUGAAUGCUACCCGUUCAGGCCUACACAAUGCCGAACUGAGCAUUGAGGAUCACACUAAACGGUAUGACGACCUCCAAACGACCUCCUCUCGUGCAAUAGAAGAGGCCAACACUUCUCUCGCGUCGAUUCGGGCGGAUCUGGAGGCACAACUCGAAGCACACGUCGCAGAGCUCACUACGACCAAAGACGCCCUCGACACCUCAUCUCGGGAGAGGGAGGCCGACCAAUCGGCACAUCAGAUAGUCUUGGACGAGCUUACCAGUGUUCGGAACCAGAAUGCUGAUCUCACGAACGAGGUGCAAACUCACGUAGAAUCAAAGGCCGCUCUGGAAGAGAAAAUCGCCCAGCUCGUGCUCGAGCUUGAAACAUUUGAGGCCUGCAAACAAGAUCUUGAAAGCUCUCAAGCCCGGGUUGCGGAUUUAACUACGGAACUCACUACAUCGCAUGUUGCACGGGAGAGUGCAGAGGCGCAGGUUGCUCAACUGUCUGCCGAGCUCGAGGAAUUCGCUCAGCUGAAAGCUGAGCACGAGGUGCAGACACAAGAACUCGAGAGCACCACUGCUAAGGUUGCAGAUUUGACUGCAGAGCUCGAACCCUUCAAUACCUGCAAGAGUGACCUGGAAGCGGCCCAAACAAAGAUUGGCCAACUUUCUGCCGAGCUUGAAGACCACAACCAGCUCAAAGCAGACCAUGAAUCGUGCAAGCAAGAACUCGAAGACAUCCAAUCCAAGGUUGCAGAUCUUUCUGCCGAGCUUGAGGUCCUGCAAAGUUGCAAGCAGGAUCUCGAAGAAGCCGAAGCGAAGAUUGGCCAAUUGACCGCUCAGCUCGAAGACCAUGAGCAGCUCAAAGCGGAUCACGAGUCCUCCAAGCAAGAAUUGGAGAGCACGCAGGCCAAGCUCGCGGAGCUACAAAGUGAGAUCGAAGGAACCAAAAAUGCCUUGGACGGAGCCGAGUCACGGAUCACGCAACUCACGACGGAGCUUGAAGGAUACUCCCAGCUCAAAGAGGACCACGAGGCAGAAAAAGAACGGUCUGCCAACCUGCUUACGGACAUAGACCGCCAUGUUGCCGCUGUGGCGGACGCUGAAACAAGACACAAAGAAGCAGAGGCACGUGCUACCGAGGCCGAGGAGAAGCAUACAGCGGUGCUCGAGGAGCUCGAGCAGCAGAAGACUGCCGCGGCCGAAGCUCACUCUCGUGCUGCCGAAGCGGAAGAGAAGCACGCCUCCGCACUUGGGGAGAUCGACCAACAUAAAGCCGCCACCGCAGAGGCCGAGUCGCGUGCUGUCGAUGCGGAACAGAAACAUGCUUCUGCAUUAGAGGAGUUGGAAACUCACAAGGCAGCCGCAGCGGAGGCGGACGAAAAGCUGAAAGAAACCGAAGCGCGCGCCGCUGAAGCAGAGGGGAAGCACACCUCUGCUCUCGAGGAGAUUGAACAACACAAGGCUGCCACCACACAGGCCGAAUCUCGUGCUGUCGAGGCAGAAGACUUGCAUAAAUCUGUCCUUGCCGAGGUUGAAACGCUGAAGGAAAGCCUUGCAUCAGAGACCUCAAACCAUGCAACAACGAAAGAACAGAAUGAGCAACUCACCAAGGAUCUUGAGGAUGCUUCCAGUUCUCAUCGUACGGCUCAAGCUUCGCUAGACGAGGCAUUAGAAACCAUAACCUCCCUAAAGGAGCAGGUCCAAUCUCUCGAGUCCGAGGUUGCUUCCAUUACAGCGUCGAAGCAGGCCGAAGCCGAAGAGCACGAAGCACAAAAAGCCAACCUCACCGAAGAAUUGGCCACUGCCAAGGGUGAGAUAUCCAAUCUCGAGGCGGAAAAGGCCAGAUUGGCCGAAGCUAUCGAGACUGCUGACGCAGCUAAGAAAGAGCUCGAGGAGAAAGUUGAGGGUCUCGAAGCAGAGAGUUCCAGACUUUCUAGCGAGCUUGAAGAGGCCAAAGCGACCGCACAGAAGCAGCUUGAGGAAGCACAAGCGAGCCUUCAGUCGGCGGAAGAGAAAUGCACUGGCCUCGAGACAGAGGUAAAGUCGCUUCAAGAGUCUAACGAAGAACUUCAAAAUAAAUGUGGAAAGCUCGAGGAAGUGGAGGCCGGUCGCCAAGCUGCGGAAGAGAAAGUCAAGGCCUUGGAAGAACAGCUCAAAACGCUCCAGGACUCUCAUGACGAAUUGACAGCAAAAUGCGGAGAGGUGGAGGCCGCUCAGCACAGCGCAGAAGAGAAGGUUGCCACUUUGGAAGGAGAGCUGAAAUCAGCUAAUGACACCAAUGAAGAGCUGACGGAGAAAUGUAAGAAGCUUGAUGAGCUGGAGGCCGAGCAUACUGCUCUCCAAGAGAAAUCCGCUGCUCUCGAAUCGCAGGUGCAUUCAAUUGAGGAGGCCAGGGAUGAGCUGACGAAGAAGCUUGAGGACGUCGAAAGUGCCAAAGCGGUGGCUGAGAGUGAGGUGGAAAAGCUACAACAAGAGCACGUGUCAGCCGUGGAUGGACUUAGACAGGAACUUGCGUCCACCAAGGAAGCCUCUGAGAAAGCCAAAGAAGAGGCGGCAGCGUCUGUGGCAGAACUCGAAGCAAAAUUGGCCGCUUCUGAAGCUUCUCACCAGGAAGCUCAGGAAUCGCUAGAAAAGGUUCGUGCAGAAGCAGACCAAUCCAAGUCCGAAAUGGAUGACAAGCUCGCUGAGGCAGACAAUGCCCUGAAAGCUACUCAAGAAGCUCUGUCAAAAGCACAAGCUGACGCUGAUACCUUGACCAGUGAAUUUGAGCAGAAACUGGCCGACGCGCAGGCGAAGCAGAGCGCUUCGGAAGAGGAGGCAGCCAAGGCAAAAGAGGAACUUGAGACGAAGCUGGCCACAGCGUUGGCUGAGCAAAAAUCCGCCGAAGAUGCGCUUGACGAGAUCAAAAAGGAAAUCGAGACCGUCGCGGAGGCCAAAGCUGCCCUUGAGUCGAAGUUGAGCGAGGCAGAAAGCGCCACCGCCGCAGCCGAGCAGCGCGUCACAGAAACCGAGGCAGCCAAACUCGAGUUGGAGGGCAAGAUCAAGGAAGCCGAAGACAACAAAGCAAACACCGAGCAGGAGCUCCAAGCAGUCAGAGACAAGCUGGCUGCAAUCCAGGCAGAACUUGAGUCAACCCAGCAGGAGAAGCUCAACAUUGCCGAGCAGUCAUCGAAAGACCUUGAAUCCAAAGAGGCUGAACUAGGCGCGGCUCUGACCUCCAAAUCGGACCUUGAGGCCCGACUCCAAGAGACAGAAGCGAACCUAGAAGCUGCCAAGAAGGCUGGGGAUGAGUCGAGUGCUCACUUGAAAGAGCUCGAGGCUGAGAUCGAGUCCCUCAAGGCUCAAGCGAUCGAGGUUAGCAAGCUGUCAGAGGACCUGGAAGCCAAGGAGAAAGCCAUCGCAGCUUUGACCACCAGCAAGGACGAAGCCGAGCAGCGGGUAAAUGAGACCGAGGCUAAGGUUAGCUCCUUGACACAAGAAAUCGAGGCGCUCAAAACAUCAUCGGAGACAUCAAAGGAAGAGGCAGCCAAGCACCUCGAAGCGCGGGAGCAAGAGUUCAAACAACAGUCGGAUGAAGCUGCCCAGGAACUUGACAAGCUCCAAGCUGACUUGAAGUCCAAGGAAGAGGCGAUUGCAAAUCUCAGGGCUCUAAAGGAGAAGAUGGAAGAAGAGAUGGGAACAUUCUCCUCUCCUCCGACGUCGCCUGACCCCGAAGCUAUUGAGGACAAGACGUCGACAGUUGCCACGGUGAAUGGCGGGCGUGGGAGGAAGAGCCGAAGGAGGAAGUCCAAAGCCAGGGCUACUGAUGACAGUGAUGCUGCUAAAGGAGAUGUGGAUGAUGAGUGA